GGGGGGGGUUGAGGGGGGGUCGGGAUGGGGGUGGGGGUCCCCCGGCCGCCCCCUCAGCAGCUUCUCCCCGCGCAGGGACCCGGCGAGGCCGCCGCGGCCGCUCACGCCCUGUCGCUGCCGGCCGAGGCCUUCGGCAACGAUCCCCGCGUGGAGCUGGCUUGGGCCAUGAAAGCCCACCAGCACGCCCAGGUCUACUUCAACCUCAUCUCCUCCGUCGACCCCAAAUUCCUGAACCUCACUAAAGUCGACGACCAGAUCUACGGCGAGUUCAGGAAAACCUUCAGGGAUCUUAAAAUCGACGUGCUCGACCCAGAAGAGCUCAAAUCGGAACCGGCUAAGGAGAAGUGGCGCCCGUUCUGCCUGCGGUUCGAGGGGGUGGUGGAGGAUUUCAACUACGGGACGCUGCUCCGCCUGGACUGCCGCAAGGACUACACCGAGGAGAACACCAUCUUCGCCACCAGAAUCCAGUUUUUCGCCAUCGAAAUCGCUCGGAACAGGGAAGGGUGUAACAGCGUCGUCUACAGCAGCACCAGGGAGCUGGCGGAGUGAGGAUGAGGAGGGGGGGGCAAAGAGCCCCCCCCCAGCCCCCUGUUCGGGCAGGCGGGGCAAGAACAGGGCUGUUCCCUGCUCCUCCGGGUUCAGACUCCCUUUGCAGACUGUAAAUAAAUUUUUUUUUUUUUUUUUUUAAAAAAAAUAUAUAUAAAAUUCCUUGUGCUGCA